UUCGAAGAACACAAAUAAAUAAGUUUGCCUUUGUUAAUAAAGUAUAAUGUAAGUCUUUGCGGUGUGAUUAAAAAAGACAGCGAGACAAAUAAUUAGAAGAUGUCGUAGUGGUGAAAUUUUAGGUUUGUUUUAACUUGCUUGCUGCUAUCUCUUGCCAAAUUUACCAAUCUUCUCUGAAGAAAUGACGGAGAAGCCUUCAAUUCCAAAGUAUGCAAGGUUUAUCAUGGGUGGGAGUGCAGGAAUGGCUGCAACCUGCAUUGUCCAGCCCUUGGAUUUGGUUAAAACUAGGAUGCAGAUGAGCGGUAUCGCUGGGGCUGCAAAGGAACAUAAAACUGCAAUACAUGCAUUGGCUUCAGUGAUUAAAAAUGAAGGGCCUUUAGCUGUUUAUAAUGGUUUGUCAGCAGCAUUGUUAAGACAAGCCACCUACACGACAACUAGGUUGGGUAUUUUUACCAGCCUUACCGAUCAUUAUAAAGGACCCAGUGGCAACGUUACGUUUUUACAGAAAUGUGCAUUUGGAAUGACAGCAGGUGGCAUAGGUGCUUUUGUUGGAACUCCUGCAGAGUUGGCAUUGAUUCGAAUGACAUCUGAUGGAAGAUUACCGAAAGCUGAACAACGAGGUUAUAAAAAUGUUUUUGAUGCUUUGUACCGUGUUGUAAAGGAAGAAGGUGUUACUACACUAUGGAGAGGCUGCCUUCCUACAGUUGUGAGGGCAAUAUUUGUAAAUGCUGCACAGUUAGCUACAUAUGCCCAAGCAAAACAAUACUUGCUGACUUUACCGUAUUUUAACGAUAACAUAUGGUGCCAUUUUAGUGCAAGUAUGAUCAGUGGCUUAGCAACUACCUGGGCUUCUCUUCCACCUGAUAUCGUAAAAACUCGGGUGCAAAACAUGAAAGUUAUUGAUGGCAAGCCAGAAUACAAAGGUGGAGCCGAUGCAUUGAGAAGAAUUGUGCAACAAGAAGGUGUUUUGUCCCUUUGGAAAGGAUUUACACCAUGUUAUCUACGUAUUGGGCCACAUACAGUUCUCACAUUUAUAUUUUUAGAACAGUUCCAAAAGAUUGCUAAAAAGCAUUAUGGUGUAAACUAAUUUUUAAAUACAGAAAAAUGUGUUCUGUUUAUUACGUAACAGAAAAUGUUUUUUAGGAUGCUCAUAUGACACUAAACAAACAUUUAUGAUUGUGACCUUGGGAGGCUAGGAAUUUGUCUUAUUCCUAGAUAUUUGUUUGGAAAGUUCAGAUCCCCUACAGAAAAUAAAUCGAAUUGGAUCUACUUUACAAAUUUGCAAACAAUCAUUCCAUUAAUUAUGUCAAUUCUAUUCAGUGUUCACUGGCAUAUUUGCCAGAUUGCACAAAAACCCUGAAAGUUUUUGUUUUCUAAUGUAUAAAAGCAAUAAAAGAAUAGGGAUGUUGCUAAAUGAGCUGCUCCAAAAUGUACGUAAUAUUGUUAUGUUGUGUAGUUUUUCAAUCUGUUUUCCUGUUUCUCAUAUAUUUUUAAAUAAAAAAUAAAAUAUGUUUACACAAUUGGUUUCAACAGAUUUGCCCUUAUUCCCUUUAUACAAAAUAUUGGUAAGUGUGACAAACAUUUAAUGUUAUCCAAGUCACAUAUAUUGUUAUUGUUAAAAAAGUCAAAAAUAUGUCUAUUAUUUUUUGUUUUUGCUUGAAUAGGGUUAGAAUUAUUAACUAUUUUCUGUUAAAUAAAUAUGAUAGAAAUACGGAUAUAUUUUUAGUUAAAAUUUAUUUCCCUAGAUCUCAGAAUUCAAAACCGUCUAAUUUUAAAAUAAUUUUGGAUAUAUUUGUAGUCUUGCGUUAGCUUACCUUCAAUAAAAAAACAAGUUGAUUUCAUAUAUUUUUUAUUAUUAGUACUAUAAUUUUUUGUGAUUCACUAAUUUUGAUAUCAUCAAAUAGCUGCGAACAGUCAUUGCUGUUAUCAAAAAUAAUUAUUAUAUAUAGUAUAUUAUAGUACUAUAUAUAGUAUAUGAUAGUGCUAUAGUAUUAAAAUUCAUGUAAAAUGUUUUGACACCUAGAUAAAAACACAUUAUAGCUCUUUGUGCCUUAUUAAAAGUGUACAAUACUCAGAGCUAUUAAUAAAAAUAUUUCAAAGAGAUAUACAAUAUUCUAGAAAGCUUUUUAAGCUCUUUUUUAUGGGAUCAACUUGUUUUUAGAUGGGAUGUAAGCUUUGAUGUAUUUUUCAUUGCAAUAUUCCAUAAAAGAAAUAAAUUCUGAGAUAUCUAGAUAUUCAACUUUGUUACUUGUCAGGAUUACUCUAUUUAUCUUUUUUUCAACUAUGUAGUAUGUUCACUAAAGUUUGUACGAAACCGCAUGUCAUCGCAGUCCUUUAUCAUGUGUUAAGUGUUUUUGUAAAAAGAUAAAAAAUUAGUACCAA